GUCCCGAACCACCGCGCUCGCACAUCAACUCAAUUGUGCACGGAGCGAACUUAUUACCAAGGCGGCGGUAGAAGAAGCGGAAACAGACUCUAGUAUUUAUUUCCUAUUAUUACAAGAACCAUGGACCUCAGUAGAGGGAUACCCACCAGAAUCAAAUCUCUUUUAUAUUUUCACGGCCAGCAACACCAAUACAAAAUGUGCAACAUAUGUCCGCAAACAUGCCAACCUCAAACCAAAACACCACUAUACGUACGAUAAUUUUAUAGUUUCGAUCACGGUAGAAAUUCAGAACAAGAAAACACAAAUCCUAAACAUAUACUCCCCAGGCCGAAGUGGCCCAUUCGCCCAAGUUGCAAGUACAAUCCAAACCCUUGAUAAUUGCCUAAUAAUGGGAGACUUCAACUGCCACCAUCAAAUGUGGUACGGAGUAAAUUCACAUGAAUACAGAAACAACAUUCGAGCAGACCGCGUCAAUGGUGCACGGCUGAAACGUUGGAUAACUCGACAGAAACUGACCCUCCUAAACGAACCAGGCGUCUUUACGCAUUUCCCCAGAGACAGAGGGAAAAGACCCACCACCAUCGACCUUACAUUUGUAAAAGGCCCAACACUUGACCACAACUUACGAUGGAGCACUGAACCCUAUGGAGCGGGCUCGGACCACGGGAGAACCUCCGUUCAUUUACACUUGGAAAAACCACCUUUUGUACCAAGACGAAUGUGGCGACAAACAGACUGGAAGCUUUUGGAGAACCACAUGUCAAACAUUUCCAUCCCUGCAGAGGCAUGGGAAACCAAGGAACAUACGGAACAAACUGUCGAUUUCUUCCUAGAACUGGUCAGGUCAACAAUCAACAUAGUAACACCACUCUCGAAGGAGGGGGUAAGAGCCAACUCUUGGUGGUCAGAUGAAAUGAAACAGAUGAAGGCAAAGAUAAACUCGGCAGAGAGGAAGGCGAGAAAUACGAGGAAACCCAACCAUGUGGAGGAGCACCGGAAGGUAUGCAGAGAGUGGACAGUCAUGAUCCGGAAGGCAAAAGCGGACCAGCGGGAAAAGACGAUGAAUGAAGCGAAAGGUAGUGAGGUCUGGAGGAUCCUAAACGCAGGAAGGAGAAGAGAUACAAUCAUACCAACUAUACAAGGUGAAGAAACGUUUGCGGGGAAAUGUCAAGCUCUAAGAGCCCAUCUCUUCCCCUCAAAACGGACGUCCCCCGACCACCCUCCCCUAGAUAUUAGACCCCCCUCUUUUGAUCUUCGCGACACUUUUGACAUAAUCACCCCCGAAGAACUCAAAAAAGCAAUUGACUCCUGCCCAGUGCACUCGGCGACCGGCCCGGAUGGCAUUCCCUAUACAUUCAUUAAAGCAAUAAUCAAGGCAAACACAACCCUAAUCCAAGACAUGUUCUCCGCCAUACUCCGGCACGGAGUACACCCAGCGGAAUGGAAAAUAGCGAAAUGCAUCCCGAUCCCGAAACCCGGCAAGGCAAACUAUCACGAAGCAAAAGCCUACCGGCCCAUAUCCCUUCUACAAUGCUUCAGCAAGAUCCUGGAGAAAAUAGUGGCGCAAAGACUCU